AUGGGGACGACAGCUGACACCCUUUUUACAUUUGAUGCUGUCGUCGGUGAUAUAACAAUUCUUGCUGAUCGUUGGAGGAACGUGGAAUUUACUACACCCUAUACUGAGUCAGGGGAAAAGAUUAAACACAACUAUACUCGAGUGGUGGUGGUGGUGUGGCUUUUUGUGGUGUUGGUGGUAACUCAGAGCUACACUGCCAAUCUCUCUUCAAUGCUUACUGUGUCACGACUUGAUCCCAAUGUGGACUCCCUAAAGAAAAGCAAUGCCAUAGUUGGGUGCUAUGGCAAUAAAGUUAUAAGAGACUACUUGGUGAAUGUGCUUGAUUUCAAAAAGGAGAACAUCAGGAAAUUUCGCACCCAAUUGGAGUAUCUGAAAGCUUUUAAGAGUGGCAUUAUCUCAGCGGCAUUUCUUGAAGCCCCUUAUGCAAAAGCUAUCCUCAAGCACUACUGCGAUCAAUUUACUGUCACAGGACCAACUUAUGAAUUCGGAGGACUUGGCUUUGUCUUCCAGAAAGGCUCUCCUAUAGCUACUAAUGUUUCUGAAGCCAUUCUAAGACUAUUGGAAGACGGCACUCUGAAAAGAUUGGAAGAUGAGUACUUUGCUCCCUCCUCCGAUUGUUCAAACUUCCAGACUACCAAAAGCAACGGUAGCUUGAGCCUCCAGAACUUUUGGGGUCUAUACGUCUUCUACGUUGCCACUUCCACCAUUUGUUACUACUCUUCAUCAUGCAUUCGCUGA